AUGAACGAUUUACAUAAACUCAUUCAAUUGUGUAAUAGACGUAAGGUUGGGGAUAAACAGUUCCUUAAUUUGUUUUCACAACUCAAUAAGCAAAUACCUGUCAGUUCAGGGGAGUUCCGUAGCCUAUUGGAAGAUUCGAGCUAUGAGAAUUAUUUGGUCUUACUUGGAGUUAAAGAGUAUAAGUUAUUUUGGGAAUCGAUGAAUAAAUUACCUAUUAAUCAACAAUUAAGAUUAUUGAAGAAGUUACAAUCAAAAAUCUCGUUGGUCAAAGAGAUCGAAUUGUUUCUUAAAUAUUUUGUUGAUUAUUCGAAUAGUGUGAUAAACGAUAGUAACGAUAAUGAUAAGGUAAAGUUAGAGGCUAAUGAAAACGAUAAGAUAAACUUAAUCAAUGAAUUGAUAUUCAAUUGUGAAAUCAUCUUGAAAAACUUCAAUGUCAAAGAAUUGAACAGUUUCAAGACUUUUAUGGAUACCUUUAUGAAUUUCCUUAAUAAUAAUGAAUAUGUCAAACAACUAGAAUAUUGUAAUAACAAAUUUCCACUUGAAAGAAAUGGGAGUUCCCACCGUGGUACUUUUAAUACAGACAGGCUCUCACAUAAGAAGAUCAAUUUAUCCUUAAAUAUCAAACUGAAAAACUACAAGAAUUAUGAAAACUUGAAAAUAUUCUUCUGGUUUAAUAACUAUUUCAAGAAAUUUGAAAUCCCAAAUAAUGAAACUUUGAUUAAGAACUUCAAUGAGAAUUUUAAUGGUGAUUGUUCAAAAUUUAUCUUUUCAAUUUUCAAUGGUAUCAACUAUUGUUUGUUGAUGGAUUUAACAAAUUACGUGUACCAUAAUUGGACUAACUUCUUGAACUCCAGGUUAUCAAAAAUUAUACAAUUAUAUAAGAUCGAGAAUAUUGAUGAUGUUAUAAUAAGUGUUUUUGAAACAUUUGAAAAUAAUGAUAACUUUUUUGUUGGUAAAAGUGAUUUAUUGAACACUUUAAAACAAAAUUUUAUUAAAUCUUUAAUUUUCAACAAAUUCCUAUCAAUUAAAUCAUUCAACAAGUUCUUCCCUACCAAUGAAAAUAAGGUCAAUCAACAGAUUCUCAUUCAUGAGAUGUCAAAUUUGAAUUCCAUUGAAAAUUUCAAUAAUGUACUUAAUGAUAAAUUAUACAAUUUGAAUUGUGAAUUCAUUUCAAUAGAAGAAUCCAAUUUGAUCGAAUAUUUCAAUGAAAUCCCCAACAGGAUCAAACUUUCGAUGAAUAAACAAAUUGAAUUGGUUCAAAACUUUGAAAAUUUUAUUGAUCUUUUGAUAAACGAAUCGAAUUUCGAAAAAUUGAAUAGAUUAAUCCUUCUCAUCCUACAGAAUAACAAAUUAUUUAAUUUGUUCUUAUUCAACUUACCCAACAAGAACACCAUAUUCAAAUUAAUGAAAUUAAUUGACAAUGACUCCUUUAAAAUUAAUGAUGAUAACGAAAGUUUAUUCCAAGAGAUAUAUUCAUAUUUUGGUAAUCUCAUAUUAUUCAUGAUCAAAAUAUCCAAAUACAUCGAUUUAGAAAUUUUAACAAAGAAUUCAUUCUUCAGUCAAUUUUUGAAUAAUUUCAAUUCCAAUUUCAGUAAUUUAACUUUGUAUUAUAAUAAUGAAAAUGACGAAAACGAUGAAAAUAAAACUAUCAUUGAAAAUUAUUCAAACCUUAUAAAUGAUUGGAUACAAUCAUUAUUCAAUGAAUCAGAAGGUGGAUUAUCAGAUGAAAUCAUAAAAUCUAUUGAUGUCAAACAAAUAAAUCAAUUAAUUCCCAUCAUUUAUCAAUACAGUAUAAUUGCUUUAGUUAAUAAUAAGAUAGACAAAAAAAUCUUCAAUAAUGGAUUGGAUUAUUUAUCUCAAAACUUUUUGUUGUCAUGUAAUUUAUCUAUUGUCAAUUGGUUGAAACUGAAGAUAGAAUUGAAAAAUCAAAGUUCAAACAAAUACUUGGAUGUCUUGGUUGAAAUCAUAAAUUUGAUUGACAAAAUUCAUUUGGAUUCGAAUAAUGAAUUGAAAUUAGCUAGUGGGAUUUUAUUGAACAUGAUUUAUGAUUCCAUAUCUGAUUUCAAAUAUCUUAAUAUCGACAAAAAGUUCUUAUUAGAUAAACUCGAAACUUUUGAAAAGAAAGGUUCCACUGAAUUCACUGAUGAUAUUAAUUCAUCACCUAAAAUAAUCAACUUUAGUGGUGAAACUUUAACAUUCGAAAGUUUUGAAGAAAACCUCAUCAAAUGUUUCAAUGGAUCUGUGACUAAAAAUAGUCUUUUGAUUAUAGAGAAUUAUUUACGUUUCGAUAAAUCAAUCAUAAACUCAUUAUUGAUUAAUUUGAACUCCAGUUUUAAGUCAAAUAAUGAAAAUUUAAAGUAUUUGAUUGAUUUUGUAAUCUUCUACAACUUAUUUAUUUCUAUAAGUUCUAUUGAAGAUAAAAAAUUUUGGAUCAAACGAUUUAAUAAUAAAUUGUAUGAAAAGUCAUUCAAUCAAGAUACCACAUUCAUAAGUCUGAUGGACAAUCAUUAUUCCAGUAUAUUUAACGACAAUAAUGAUGAUAAUUUCAAUGAAGAUGAAUUAUUUGAAUCGAUAUCAUUUGAAUAUUCGAUUAAAGAAUCAAAUAAAUAUUCUUUAUCAUUGAUAGAAUUCUUUAGGACAUUCAGCAAAUUCCUUGAUUCAAAUCAACCUUUUGAUAAACCAUUGAACAUGAUUCACGAGAAGUUAUUGAAUGAUUUAAUCAAGUUUCAAGUUUGA